UCCAGCGCCGGACCUCCGCAUGCACCUCCGCACAUGGUGGAAAAGGAACUGGAAAGCUCGGUUUUCACCCCAAUGGCAGACCCCACCUCUCCUCCGGCGACCCCAGCCUCGCUGGAUCGAUUAAACGAAGAGCAGAUUAAAAAAGCAGUGGACGCUCUGUUGACUCAUUCCAAGUCCAGGAAGAACGCUAAUGGGUUGCUCUUGAAUGAAAAUGAGAAUUUAUUUUUAAUGGUGAUAUUAUGGAAAAUUCCUAACAAAGAAUUGAAAGUCAGACUAUCCUUGCCUCAUGGUAUUAGAUCAGAUCUAGCCAAUAUCUGUUUAUUUACCAAAGAUGAACCCAACUUAACUCCCGAGCAGACAGAACUUUACUAUAAGAAGCUUUUGAAUAAGCAUGGAAUUAAGACCAUUUCUCAGAUUAUCCCCCUCCGAGUUUUAAAAACAGAAUAUAAAGCUUUUGAAGCCAAGCGUCGCCUCUUGAGUAGUUUUGAGUUCUUCCUCACUGAUGCCAGAAUUAGGCGUCUCCUACCCUCCCACCUCGGGAGACAUUUCUAUCAGAGAAAGAAGUUUCCAGUCUCUGUAAACCUGCUGUCAAAGAGUUUAUCCAAAGAAAUCAAUGACUGUGUCGGUGGAACUAUCUUAAACAUCUCUAAAAAUGGUUCCUGCAGUUCUAUCCGAGUGGGUCACACUGGAAUGCAGGUUCAGCACAUCAUUCAGAACAUUGUCACUGUCACUGAAGGACUGGCCAAAAAGUUGCCAGAGAAGUGGGAGAGCGUGAAACUCUUGUACGUGAAAGCAGAGAAAUCAGUCGCCCUCCCCAUCUUCUCUUCGUUUGUCAGCAGUUGGGAUGAAGCCAGAGGAAUUCCCAUGCUUACAGAGAAGCUGAAAGAAACAAAGAAAAAUCAAAAACAAAAGGAGCAACUUAACAAAAAAAAGAAGAGGAGAAACAAGAAGGCUGCAAAACAGCCUUCCGCGGCGGCCGCCGAGACUUCGGCCGAGACUUCAGCAGCUCCCGCUAAAACUGAGGUGGCCCCAAAAGCCAGCGGCUCCCCAGAGAAGGCACCUGGACCCCAGACUCCAAAGCGGAAGAAGAAAGCAAAGGGUAAAGGGAAGACCCCAGUUAAAGUGCAGGAGGAAACUGAAGAGGAAAUCCCAGUCUUGAUACCCAUAGAAAAAACUCCAGCCGCAGAAAAUGUAGAGGUGCCAAAACCUGCCACUGGACGGAAAUCUCCCAAAAAGAGUCUUGGUCCCAGCACACCACAUGGAAAGAAAAGGAAGGCCUCCCCAGCGCCGGAAACCCCCAAAAUUGCAGAGCCUGUGACCCCAGGAAAAAGCCUAAAGAAGAAGCCAAGAGUCAAAGAAGAGGCAGAGAAAGAAAAAAACCCUUCCUUAGGGAAAAAAGACCCAAGGCAGACUCCCAAGAAACCAGAGGCCAAGUUCUUCACCACUGCUAGCAAAUCUGUGAAAAAAACUCCCCGCACCCCCAAACAGGCUGUGGUGCCCCUGACAUCCUAAAGUGGUGUGACUCAGCUGGAACGAAGUUCUCCAGGUUCCCCAAAGAUCAGAUUUUGACACCCCUUCCCCCCUUAAGCUUUUCUAAUAGUAAAGUCUGAACUGUUCACAUGUAUAAGAACCAGUAGUUCAAAGUAAAUCUAAAUUCAUUUGGCUCUUCUAUGUACUCAGUACCACAGAGGGGAAGUGGAGUGUUUCUCUGUGGCUGUAUUUUUAUUAUUAAAAGUAUAACAUUC